AUGACCGAUAAAUGUAGUCAUUCAGCACUUGAUUAUUCAUAUCAAUAUGGUCAUAAUGAAAUUCUUUGUUUACUUCUUAAACAAUCAGAAAUGCAACUAUUACUACUAGAAAAUGGAGCUAAUCCACAUGUAAAAGAUCAUAACAAUUGUGAUGCUCUCUAUUGGGCUCAGAUGGGUUAUGAUGAUGGUGCUGGUUCUAUGCGCUGUAGAAAUCCACCAGAUAUCGUUGUUAACAUUAUUCAAAUUCUUCGUGAAUAUGAAUCUAAUUAA